GAGACGUCUGAAGGAGAGAGGGUCCACUAAAUGAACUGACAGAUAAACCUUCGUUCUGUCCUCACACACACUUCACCUGCUUCUCCUGACCAGUUUCAUCUCGUGACUCUGCCAGGGACGAGAACACACACUUUUACCGGGAAAUUCAGUGACAGAAUGGCAGGGAAGGUGCUGGUCACAGGUGGAGGAGGCUACAUUGGGAGUCACUGCGUGCUGGAGCUCAUUGAAGCAGGUUACCAGCCAGUCGUGGUAGAUAACUUCAGCAACACUGUCAGAGGAGAGGGGGAUGUGCCAGAGAGCAUACGGAGGAUAGAGAAGCUCCUGGACACCAGCAUUGAGUUUCAUGAACUAGAUCUUUUGGACCAAGCUGGCUUGGAAAAACUCUUCAAAAAGCAUUCUUUCAGUGCGGUGAUGCACUUUGCUGGACUGAAGGCUGUUGGGGAGUCAGUGGAGCAGCCAUUACGCUACUACAGAGUCAACCUCACUGCCUCCAUGAACCUGCUUGAGGUGAUGCAGGCUCACAGGGUGCACAAUCUGGUCUUCAGCAGCUCAGCCACGGUGUACGGAGACCCUCAGCACCUCCCCAUCGACGAGCAGCACCCCGUGGGCGGCUGCACCAACCCCUACGGCAAGACCAAGUACUUCAUUGAGGAGAUGAUCAUCGACCAAUGUAAAGCCAAGAAGGACUGGAAUGCAGUGCUGCUGCGUUAUUUCAACCCGAUUGGAGCUCAUUGCUCUGGCCAGAUAGGAGAGGACCCUCAGGGUAUCCCCAACAACCUGCUGCCAUAUGUUUCCCAGGUUGCCAUUGGGAGGAGAAAGUACCUCAGCGUAUUUGGGAACGAUUAUGACACACUUGAUGGGACAGGUGUGCGAGAUUAUAUCCACGUCGUAGAUCUGGCAAAAGGACACAUAGCAGCUCUGAAGAAGCUGGAGGACAACGGUGGCUGCCAGGUUUACAACCUGGGAACGGGUACAGGCUACUCUGUGCUCCAGAUGGUGAAAGCCAUGGAGAAGGCAUCCGGGAGAGAGAUCGCAUACAAAAUCGCCCCACGUCGGGGAGGAGACAUAGCAUCCUGCUACGCUGACCCUUGUCUAGCGGAGAAGGAGCUGGGCUGGAAGGCCCAAUUUGACCUGGAAAGAAUGUGUGAGGACCUGUGGCGCUGGCAGUCCACGAAUCCCACUGGAUUUUCCAAUGGCACCGCCUCUUGAUGCAACUCCUGCCGUUUGUUGUUGUUAAUCAUCUUCCAAAUCACCGGGACAAAGCCAACCAUCAGCAUCCUCAUUUUUGCAUAACAUAUAAACACCAUAAUUAGACGAAAUGCUUUAUGUUUCGUCAUGUUUAAUUUUCUCUUUGUUCUACAAUAAUGGUUCUUAUUAACUGUUUACACUAGAAUAAACAUAUGUCUCUGAUUUAUCUGUGUUGUAACUAAUAACAAUGGAUAUUUUCUCUAUUGAUGUAUUGAUCUGUGGGCUAUAUAUAGGAGAAAGAAUAAAUUCAUUUUCUUACUGAGGAAA